UCUCCUUUUUUACACGGCAUUAUCUGAACUCUAAAUCUGUGAAUACUGAGAGUGUACCAUAACUUUCAUCCUAACAUUUACUGUAAUAUGUCUCUGUACCGUUCAUGCUGUCAAGCACUUCAUCAUUAUCCUACAAAUUCUCAGGACUGCCUAUGUACUCAUUUUGGGACACUAAGAAUAAAGCUAAAUAAAGGAACACUUCUACUGAUCGAAAAGAAAAUAAUACUGUAGAUAGUCAAAGCACACGAGGAUUGCUAUGAAAGCUGUUAAUUGGUGCAGAUGGAGUGUGGACUAGUUUUCAACAAAGGUGGAGAAUCUAGUUUUAGUGAAACCAUGCGUCAACAAGAAAAUGGAUUUAUAAAUAUCAGCUACACUAUCAACCUUACAGAAAGCUUUGUCUUGUCAGACUCGUUUACUUACAUCUAUGAGACUUGUGAAGAUAAUAGUAAACGUCUAAGCUGCACCUUUGAUUGGAGAAAGAACAGUAGCAGUAGAUUUGGGAAGGUCUUUGGUAAAAAGACAGGUGUGAUUUGUUUUGGGGAACAACGAAAUCCAAGUAGCUCUGUGGUCACUUUAGAUAUUCACGUUUCUCAGGUCGCCAUGAGGUCACUCACUGUCAUGAAGCUUUCCCCCGAGGUAGAACACAUACCUCAAAUAACACGGAUAAUACGUGUUGAGGUGCUAUAUCCACCCAACGUCACCAGUCUGACUGUGGAAGGACAAGAGGCUCAUAAUUAUUAUCUCGCUGACAAAGGUAAGGAGGUGAAUGUUUCCUGCUUUUUCAAGCAGGGGAAUCCUCCAUCCUUCUUCCAUCUGCUGGAUAAACAUGGAACUGAACUGAAAUCUUCACAAGAAGGGUUCUUGAGCUACUCUCUUACUGCCCAGUGUGAAGAUGACUGGCCGGUAGUCAGAUGUGAAGGCAACGGGACCCUGCAAAACAGAUCCGUGACAUUCCUCGUCAGGUGCCCUCCUCAGUUUGCUGAAAAGUCCACAGAAAAUGUCAGUCUUACUUUAGGUAAGGCAAAGUUUCGUGUAAAGGCUUAUACAACAGAAGUCACUGGAUGUUUCUUAACUCCAGUGUCUUUAAAAGAUAACACCACUAGGAAAGUGAACUGUGUCCUUAAUGGUCGACCACCUGAUUUGAUUCUAUGGGUUAGCCUACCAAAGGAAAUCAGAAGCUACCAUGAAAACUGGACUCUGGCUCUUUUCAAUGAAGAAGGGUCUUCCACGACAAUAUUUACUGUUAUAGACAGUGGCGAAUCUGAUUUUAGUGAAACUUUACAUCAGCAAGAACAUGGAUUUAUAAAUAUCAGCUAUACCAUCGACCUCACGGCAAUCCCUGUCUCGCCAGACUCGCUUACUUACAUCUAUGAGACUUGUGAAAAUAAUAGAAAAGGACUCAGCUGCACCUUUGAUUGGAGAAAGAACAGUAGCAGCAGAUUUGGGAAGGUGUUUGGUAAAAAGACAGGUGUGAUUUGUAUCGGGGAGCAACGAAACCUGAGAAGAUCUGAAGUGGCUUUCGAUAUUCACAUUUCUCAAAUCGUCACAAGAUCACUUUCUGUCAUGAAGCUUUCCCCCGAGGGAGUAAAGAUGCCCAAAAUAACACGGAUAAUACGUGUCGAUGUGUUGUAUCCACCCAACAUCACCAGUCUCACUGUGGAAGGACAAGAGGCUAAUAACGAGUAUGUCGUUGACAAAGGUAAGGAGGUGAAUGUUUCCUGCUUUUAUAAGCAGGGGAAUCCUCCAGCCAUCAUCCGUCUGGUGGAUAAACAUGGAACUGAACUGAAAUCUUCACACGAAGGAAGCUUGAGCUACUCUCUUACUGCCCAGUGUGAAGAUGACUGGCCGGUAGUCAGAUGUGAAGGCAACGGGACCCUGCAAAAUAAAUCCGUGACAUUCCUCGUCAGGUGCCCUCCACAGUUUUAUGAAACUGCAGAAAUCGUCAAUCCUGCUUUAGGUAUGGCAACGUUCCCUGUCAAGGCUUACAAGACAGCAAUCCUUGGAUGUUUUUUGACACCGAUGUCUUUAAAAAAUAACACCACAACGGAGGCAAACUGUGUGCUCAAUGGCCAACCACCUGACCUCAUCCUAUGGGUUAGGCUCGAGAAGAGUAUCAGCCGUUUCCAUGGAAACUGGACGUUGACUCUUCGCAAUGAAGAAGGUUCCUCCAGCACAACAUUUAGUGUCAUGGACAGUCCAAGUCAUGCUGCAGGUGUCCAGGCCAACAGGGUUUCUUCAGAAAGCAUCAUUAGCAAAUGAGAGACUACAGAUCACACGAUGGACAAGGAAAACAUAAAAUUAUGAUCUGGCUGGUAGGAAAAUCAACACAGAAGAUUAUAAAUAAAAACAUUAAUGUGGAAUAAGUGUUGAAAACAGUCGACUAUAGAAUGUGAUGAUGAUGAUGAUGUAGUUUUGUAACGCGCUAGUAUCCGUAUCACAGAGAUACGCUCAAUGCGCGGGGAACCCAGCAGCCACCAAACUGCAGGGCAAAUGAACAACUUCAAAUAAUGUUAAACAAGUGAAUCUUAAGAUUUUUCUGAAAAGAUGCAAUACUAUCAGACUCCUUAGUCGAGAGGGGAAGC